AUGAAGACCAUCAAGCCGAUAAACAAUUCUAGCCGCAAUACUGUUCUUAUCGAUUAUCGCAAAAAAUUAACCCCCAGUAAUAAAAAAACCCCACGGAAAUUACUUCGAAUUAUUAAAUCGCAUUCUGGACGCAACAAUCAAGGGAAAAUUACUACUCGGCACCAAGGAGGACGACACCGCCGAUUUUACCGAAUUAUUGAUUUUAAACGCUACCCUAAGGAUGGCGUGGCCGGAAAAGUCACAAGCAUCGAGUAUGACCCAAACCGCAAUUGUUUUAUUUCUUUAAUCAGUUACCGUGACGGGAGUUUUGGAUUUAUUCUGACACCCGAAGGAUUAAAAGUGGGAGAUAUGGUAUUAAGCGGAGAAGAUGAGAAAAUUACUGUCCAGAUUGGUAAUAAUUUACCAUUAAGUCUUAUCCCUGAUAAUUUUCCUUUACACAAUCUCGAAUUAAAGCCAAAAAAGGGUGGUGAAUUAAUUCGUAGUGCGGGAACUUAUGCGGAAAUAAUUGGUCGAGAAGAAAGUGGUAAAUACGUGCUGGUUCGUCUUCAAUCCAAAGAAGUGCGAAAAAUAUUAGCCAAAUGUCGAGCGACAAUUGGAAAAGUAAGUAAUAGUGAAGCCAAUUUAGUUAGGUUGGGUAAGGCUGGCCGUAGUCGAUGGCGAGGGGUUCGUCCGGCAGUGCGAGGUUCAGCCAUGAAUCCUUGUGACCAUCCUCACGGAGGUAAAGAAAAGCAGCCUAUUGGUCACGCUUCUCCACUUAAGAAGAAAGAAGAAGACGGAAAAAUAGGGAUUUAUGAGAUUUCUAUUAUUGAGGAUUCAGAACAUAGUAUAGACGAAUUAAUUAAGAAUGAAUUAGCUAAUGAACAGGCAACGGAAAAAGGUAAUGGUAUAAAAGAAGUCGCAAUUAAAGGUCUUCUCGUUAGAUGUGUUAAAUUGGCUGAGUUUGAAGGUUAUAGUAGAGAAGAAGAAAUAAAAUUUGAAGUAAAAGAAGGUGGUCUAUUUUUGAAAAACCAAAGAAAAUUGGUUGGAGUAAAUAGCGUUAUUUAUAAUAAGGAUGCUGAAGUAAAAUUUAGUAACGAUAAAACCGACUUCUCAAUUGGAACUAAUAAUUUUCAAUCAUAUGAAAAUCUUCAAGGGUUAUUAAAGGAAGAAAAUGCUUUGCUGGUGAUAGAAGUGGAUGCAGAAAAGUUUCGGGAUUUAGCUCAGAGGCCAGAAUUUAAUGUUCAGUCUGUGCCAGUGCUCUUCCUUUUUCAAGAUAGCAAAAAAAUUAAAGAAAAUCGGGGUUAUUUGAAUAGCGAAGAACCCGAGGAUGCAGGUUCGAAUCCUGUCGCCUCUGCCAAAAUAUUAGAGAUGAGAGAAGUUGCGAAAAAAUUUGUGACGAGUGAUAAUCAACAAACUUAA